UUAUAUGCAAAUUGUUUAAAUGCUUCAGAAAGCCGAAACGGUUGUCGUUCAAUGUAAAUGAAGUUAAACAAUUGUUGUUGUCAUGCGACAGCUUCGUACUUUAAGACUUUUUUUUAUUUCCAAGAAGCUAACUGCAGUGGUCUCUGAUUAGUAGUCUCUUGGCUAAAUGCCCAAGCGGACAUGGACAUAAACGUUCAACAGUUUUUUAAUUGCUUUUGUCUCCUGAAAAUCAACACUGUAUACAGUGAAGGUUUGCUGUCGAAAGAGAUCCUAGUGGCAAGAGGAUUCAUUUAAUGGAAACGAUCUUUAAAAUCUUGAUCAUAAUGUACAGCAAAAUAUCACAAUUCGGAUAUUUACAUCAGUGUACUUUUCUGUGACAUUACUGUAUCAAGUUGAUGUCAAAGAAACACCAAGUAUUACUCAUCAGUAUAAAAUGUACGUUUGUGCAGCAACAACAUCACGAACUCGUGCAAGAGGAAAAUUACAAGAGAUUUAUUGAAAUUAAUAAAUUAUAUAAAUAAAAUUAGAAUGAAAGGAAAAAGUACUUUAGACAGUGACGAUGAGUGAGAAACAUGGCAUCACCUGUCAUUUUAAGACAUGAAAGGGCCGUAGCUUCAUCUGUCAGCUUUUCAAGAUCAAGAGGGCAAAGUGAGCAGGCAGAUGAUGAUGAUAUUCAAAUAUCAUUGGCACCUUAUGUACAGAACUACCUGGCACAGAGCGGUCAAAAACUUGACUGUUGUGGGGCAUGUUUGCCAGUUCCAUUUGAAAGAGCAGCAAAACAGUCAUGGUGGGAUCCUCGCUUUGACUCUGAAAUACUUGAGGGGCAGUACCGAUCAAGUUCCUUUCCACAAGUGCGCCUAAGAUUCCAAUAUGCUCUUGUGUAUAUCCUUGCUGUAUCAUUUUCAUGGUUUGUAUACUUCAUUGUGACUGGUGCAACUGGCAGAAUACAACACUGGAUUCCUGUGUCUGCUGUCUUUGCUGUACUAUUAAUUAUAAUAGGCCUGAUUUUAGCUGUAACAUACAGAAGUUUUUACAGAACUUACGCAUUUCCCAUUUCCAUAUUUGUGGCUGUCAUUAUUUGCAUCUUACUACUCGUGUUUAUUAUUCUGAAUUCCUCAAAUAGCAAGGCAAGUAGUAUCACCCCUGUAGGACAAUUUUCUCUUUGUAUUGAAAUAUUGCUUAUUAUAUACACUGUGAUACAGCUACCUCUCUAUGUGUGUGUAGCCAUUGGUAGCAUUUUUUCAAUAUUAUUUGAAUGCUUGAUUGCUACAUUGUACUUUAAAGAAGAUUAUGGUGUGAAUACAAACACUGGUGUUGUAGUUCGGACGUUACUGCAUAUUGUUGUGCAUUUAAUCGGCAUUCAUGUUCUCAUAAUGACUAAUGCUAGAAUGCGUGGAACUUUCAUGAAAGUGGGCCAGUCAUUAUUAGUUAGAAGACAGCUCGAAAUGGAGAAACAGUUGAAGGAGAAGAUGAUACACUCAGUGAUGCCACCCAAGGUUGCGGACUGGCUAAUGUCGGAAACUGGUGGUGCACAGGAAGAUGAAUAUGAAGAUAGUGAAUCAUUACAGAAACCAACACAUGGCAAGAAUCAUGCUAGUGGUGGAAAUGAUAUUCGUUCUCUGUUCCGUCCUUUCAAUAUGAACCGAAUGGAAAAUGUCAGUAUACUUUUUGCUGACAUUGUAGGUUUUACACGAAUGAGCUCCAAUAAGAGUGCUGAAGAACUUGUUGGCAUAUUGAAUGACUUAUUUGAACGAUUUGAUGAUCUCAGUGCUAAGCAUGGCUGUGAGAAGAUUUCAACUUUGGGUGACUGCUACUACUGUGUUGCUGGUUGUCCUGAGCCUAAACUUGAUCAUGCAAAGGCCUGUAUAGAAAUGGGGCUUGAUAUGAUUGUUACAAUCAAACAGUUUGAUGCAGAAACAAAUGAAGAUGUGAACAUGAGAGUAGGUGUUCAUACAGGAACUGUGUUGUGUGGUAUAGUUGGAACCCGUCGAUUCAAAUUUGAUGUUUGGUCAAAUGAUGUGACAUUUGCCAAUCAAAUGGAAUCAACAGGGAAACCUGGUCGAGUACAUAUUUCUGAAGUUACUGCAAGAUUUCUGGAUAAUGAAUAUGUGUUAGAGGAAGGUGACACUGUCCAAGGUACGAAGACAUAUUUUGUUGUUGGUAGAAAAUGUGAGUUCCGGAAACCCCAUUCACCAACAGCAGUCACUGGAGGAACACAUUUGGAGAUAUCCCCAAGUUUACAGCCACGCAUCCGUGUCCAGUCUUGUGUGCAGAGUAGUGCCAUACGUCCACACUACUUGCAUUUGAUGACAGAUGUUGGUGUGCGGCAAGCCAAAGCAUGUUCACUUCCCAGUAUACUAGAUUCUGACAAUGAAGAUGAAGGCUGUGAUGUGCGACAACUCACUAAAAGUCCAGUAUCCUUGGCUGGUACCAGCUUCUCUCCAAAAUACAAACCAUGGCGUUAUCACAGAAAACUUGUUGUGAAUUCAGAAGAAACAGAGCCACUUGGUUUACAAGGAGUGAGCCGUUCUUCUCCACCAAUGAUUAGAGCACCUGCAGCAGAAAAUAGGGAAAAUGGAGUUCAUCAAGUUGUAGAACCUCAUGCUGAAACAGAGCAACUGAAGCCAGUUAGCACUCUCGGUGUUCCAGUCUCAAGCAGUGAUCAGCUAAGCAUGUGUGCAUCUGUUAACAGCCGCAAAGAUUCUGGAAUCCGUAGCAACAGCCGUCGCAGUAGUAUUCAACAACAGAUAUUUGUGAUGAAUGGUAUAGUCCAUGGGGAUCUGCUUACACACCGUGUGAGUGGUUAUUACACAUCAAGCCAGUCUUCUGUUAAUGAAGCAGAUGGUGAUCCAGAUCGGAGACCAGUUCAGUUGCCACCACCAUUAGCAGAUAACUUGGGAAUGUGUUUCCAAAAUCUUCGAAAGCAGUCAGAUCUACAGUUGAUAAAAUGUGUGCAGGACAGCGCUACAUCACAGCGAAGCUAUUUUGUAAAGCCGCCUCUAUGUGGUUUCACAUUGUUUUUUCGGCAGAAGGAAAUGGAAAAAGAAUAUAGAGCUAAUGCUCAUCGUGUGACUGACAAGACUGCUGAUUCUCCUCCAACUUUAGCUACUUCAAGAUAUAAUACAUACUUUGACAUUCUCAUAUCUGCAUUAGUUUAUCUUGCAGUCACAGUUUCUCUUUUCCUGUUAUACAGGCCCACAGUUGCUUGGAUUUCUGUUUGUGUGGGAGCAACAACAGUGCAACUCAUAGCAGUGUUUCUUUGUAUCAGUCAACUGGUUGCAGCAAGACAUGUGAGUUUAAUUGGAAAAAGGAUCUCCAAAAGACUCUUGAAAAUUUUCUCAAGCUGGUACCCAUGGCAUUUUAUAGGGGCUGUCCUUGUGAGCUUGCCUGUCAUAUCUGUUCUAGUAAAUUUUGUAUGUUUAAAUUUUGAAGAAGCUUCAAAUGCAGACUUUUAUUAUAGUUACUUGUUAUUUGUCAGUCUGGUUCACUUUUGUAACUUUACCCAACUAAAUUGCUGGAUGAAAAGUUGCUUGGCCACACUUGCCGGAGUUUGCUACAUUGCAUUAAUAGCUAGUCACACUUGCCCAUUUUUUAUUAACAUACCAAGCAAUUUUUCAUCGUGGCUUAGAAGUGUAAAUGCCAGUAAUGAAAGUAUUUAUAAUUGGAAUGGCCAAAUAAAAUUAGCUGUUAGGAACUCCAUGCAUAAUGGAAUUGCUGCUUCUGAGUUGAGUACAAAAGAAGAAAACAUUUCCAGAAAACCUGAAGCAUUUCUAUAUGAGCAUGUAUAUCACAUAAAUAAUUUGUAUCAUGGAGAAAUUUUUCUAGAUGUUUUAAUGUUACUCAUAUUAGUUUGGUUUUUGAAUCGUGAAUUUGAGAUAAGUUACAGAUUGAGUUUUCAUGGAAAUGUAGUAGCUGCAAGAGAUAAGGCAAGGGUUCAGAACAUGAAAAAUCAGGCAGAUUUACUCUUGCACAAUAUUAUUCCGAAGCAUGUGGCAGAUCAGUUAAAGAACACUGCCAAGUAUUCUGAAAACCAUCAUGAUGUUGGUAUAAUAUUUGCUUCUAUUGUAAACUUCAAUGAAAUGUAUGAUGAAUCUUAUCUUGGAGGAAAAGAAUAUUUGAGAGUUCUUAAUGAACUGAUUGGAGACUUUGAUGAAUUAUUAACAAAACCAGAAUUUCGAAAUGUAGAAAAAAUCAAAACUAUAGGAAGCACUUUUAUGGCAGCAUCAGGUCUGAAUCCAGGUGUACGUAGACAAAGUCAGCAUCCAAAUCAACAUUUGUUUGAAUUAAUGGAGUUCGCUAUAGCUAUGCAAAAAGUAAUUGAUGAUUUCAACCGUAAUUUAUUAGAAUUCAAUUUAGUUUUGCGAGUGGGUUAUAAUUUUGGUGAUGUAACAGCUGGUGUCAUAGGAACAAAGAAACUGUAUUAUGAUAUUUGGGGAGAUGCUGUUAACAUUGCUAGUCGAAUGGAUUCAACAGGUAUUCGUGGUAGAAUUCAAGUUGGUGGAGCUUGUUUGCCCAUAUUGUCAGAACGAUAUGUAUUUGAACCGAGAGGUUCAGUUUAUGUUAAAGGUAAAGAUCAUAUGGAAGUUUUCCUUUUAAAAGGGAGAUGUGGCGAAGUAAGUGCAGUCAGUGGUUGAGAGGUGAUGACGUAAAUGUUAACUUGCAAUGAAUUUGGUACCAUGUAUCAUUUAAAUGCCAAAUAUUUUUCACAAAUUAAAUCUUUCAUGGUGAAGUAUAAUUAUGGAGUCUAUUCGCUGCACAAUGUAAUGGAAGAAGAAGAAAGUGUUCUUGAUUGUCUUUGUUAACUUGUACACUCAUCUACUUUGAAGUACUGUCACUGAAUUAAACUACUUUCUUGUACAUCCUCCAGAAAUCCAAAUACAAUCCUGAUGCUUGUGCAUAGGUCACCAUAUCAUUAUGACCUCAGCUUAUAUUUUUGGUGCUUUUGUAAUGGCUGAUCAUUUUGUUAUUUUAACAUGGUCUUCGUAAACAAUUAACUUGGAGAAACUGCCACAACUGGAAUGAAUGAAUGAGAUUUUAUAUGCAGCAUUCUAAUAUCAUAAUCAUGCACAAGAGAACAAGUUAUCAGUACUGGGCCACAAUUACUGUUAAGAGGAGGCUGAUUGAUUCUUCCUAUACAUAUAGUUAGUGAUUCCUGCGUUUGACGUUCUAAGUCAAACCCCAACAGUAUUCAUUUCUGUGCUAUACAACAUACUGAUAAUCAGAAAGUAAGGAAAGUAAGUUUUCUGUUACUACAACAUGUGAUGGGACUUAGAUAUUAAUGCUAUUUCUUGCGUCUCUAAGUCAGUCUUUAUACAGUGAUGCUAUGCCAAAUUGUACCACACGGAAGUAUUAUGAAGUUAUGAGAACCCACAUUAAUUUUGUUUCUUAAACAAAAUUUUAUUUGGGAAUUAUUCUUUGUUUAUUCCAUGCUGUUCAUCUGCUGCUGCAGCUAACAGCCUCCUGUGUUACAUGAGCAUGCACAUAAUUGCAGUAUCAGAACCUCAUAUUUGCAUAACCAAUAAUCCUUUACAGAUUAAUUUUUUUUUAUUUAGUUGCUGAUGGCAGAACUUAGUUUAUGGUAAACUUAGUUUUUUUUCUCCUUCUUUUUUCUUCAGUAGUAUUAUUAUUGCCCUGACACAAAAACCUGAUUGUGUCAUUUGAGUUUUCAAAGGAUUUUGUAUUUCACACAUGCUUCAUAUACAAUUGAUGCACACCUGCCAGUUGGUGGAAAUGCCCAUUUGUGUUUCUGAUAGAGAGAGGGCUGUUAUAUUGAAUGAAAAGUACUUGAAUAAUGUCAUAGGCAGAGGAGAAACAUACAUCCCCGUCAUCAGAAAUAUAAUCAAAUAGAGAAGAUCAGUGUUACAAAAAUUUGAUUUCUUUUCUGCAUAAAGUAUGAGUACUUUAUCUGUGGUAGUAUGUCAUUAAUACACACACACACACACAUCACUAGAAAAUGUUGUGUACUGUUUUCCUAACAGUUCCCCUUCUUAACAUAAACAAUGAACUCUGUAAAUCACAGACAGUGUCAAUUAAAUUAAUUUAAAACAGAAUGAUGUUGAUAUUUGCAGCAAGAGAAGAAAGUCUUAACUAAUAAUUACCAGAAAGAGGGAGAGGAAUAGUAGAAGUGGUAAGAUGAAAAUGUUUUUAAGACACCUUAACACUCAUUCAGGCUGGACCUUUGACAUUUAUUUUAACCAAUUUAAAAUAUUUGUUCCAUUGCAAUGUUUUGGGGUUUUCUUAUAUCAUUUUUUGUUUAUAACACAAAUUUUGAGAGCUAAUUUGUGUAAAUUGUAUGCAUACAUUUUGUCUGAUGUUACAAAAAACAAAAAUGUGUGUGUUUUUAAAGUGAAAAAGUUAUUAAAAGGAAGUAAAAGGAACUGAAACAUUAUGCAGUAACAUUCUCUGACAUGUUUUAAACUGUCAGUGUAAGUAAAUUUAUAAACAAGAAAACUUUCUAGGGCAAGGCACCACAAGCAAUUGUAGUAGCAUCUGCUUUACUGCUACGUUCUCACAUGUCUUGACUAUUUUGAUAUAAAGGGGAGCAAGCUUUGUGUUUAAAAUUAUUUAUUUGUAUCAGAAGCAAAUUAAAUUUUGAGCUACUUAUCUUUAUUGAUGCCAGUAUUCCGCACUUCCUUGUAAAAUCAGUGGGAUAUUUUCUUGACUACAAAUAAGUGCUGAAAGUAUUUUUUCCUUUGUGUGUCUGCUUUUAUCAUUGAAAAGUAUUAUUUUGUAAUUAUCUUAAGAGAAAAUCAAGUGUGAAUUUUUGCCUCAUUGCUUCAGUGCAGUCAGAUUAAGAACUUACCUUUUAGUGCCAUGUGUUUUACAUUUCAAAGUGGGAUGUUAUUACAUCCGUAGUUACUCCAUGUCUUAAUACUUCAUAUUGCAUUAUGAGUUGCAAUACUCAGUGAAAUGAGUGGCAUAAGCAGACAGCUCACGGUACAAAGGAAGCAAUUGCCAACACAUAGAUAAUCAGAAAGUGAUGACUGCUGUACAUCCCCCACCCCCCCCCCCCUUG